CGUCAAUGUUAGUAACCAUAUUCCUUCCUUUACGACCACGCUGAGUUUUCUGAUAAGAAAAGUCGUAAAGGAAGUUCAUUGAUCCAACAUGUUUAAGCCAAGAAUUGUAGUCAAUUAUUGGAGACCUGAAGACGAUUCGUACGAACGGAUCAAUCAAGCCAUUAUAGAGAACAACACAGCGUUGUUUAUCGUGAAUUGUUGUACUUUACUUGUUUGUCUUGUAAUUAUCUGUCUUGCUGCAACAAAAAAUUACCAUGGGAAAGUAGACUUGGUCAAUCAUUUAUAUUUAGCUUCUACUCCUUUGUUUAUUGUGAUGACAACAUGUUAUUUUUACAUGCGAGCUAAAAGCUUAAGUUCUAGAGUACCAAGAAAAGAAAGAGAAAGAAUUGAAAGAGAGAAACGACUAUCGAAGGGAGAACCCUUCGAACUUCCCGGCUCAGACAUGUCAGGUCAGGCUUUACCUGAAUACACUGAAAGAAACGAACACUAAAUACGACAAACAACAGGAAGACAUACAUAUAAAUAUCGUUAGGUUAAUGAUGAACGAUAAAUGUCUGGGCCAACGAAUUUCCUACUUUAUGAUGAAAACGUACUUGGAAUCCGUCAUAAAAGUUAGUGUAAUAAACCCUCAUUAGAGACAUCGUAUGGUAAAUCGCUGCAACCGAAGAUAUACUUCUUGAACCUUUUUUUUUCUUUUUUUUUCGACUCAAUACGAAUAUGAUGGUCCCAUACAAUUUUUGUGGGUGAACUGAUGAACUCUGUAUCCCUUCUAUCAGAAGGAGAAUAGGGCUACAACAUGCCCAUUGAGCUAGUUUGCCUGAAUACAACUACCCGAAAUCAGGUCGAAAUACCUUGUUGGAGACGCAUGUCAGACGCCUUGCUUAGAAUAAUGGAAACUUCUUUCUACUUAUCAUUCAUCAACUGCUAAUUCAUAAAAGUUCGGACUUAGAAGCAACACCUUGAAAAUAUCAGUUUAUCAUAUUAUUUUGCUACCUCAAAAUUUAAAAGCAGACAAAAGGUUUGUAAGUAUCGCUUCAGUAUAUAUAUUCAUUGAGUUAUAAUAUCUACUUUUACAUAUAUUCCUAUAAAUCAAGGAUUUUGUGUGAGAAAACCAUGGUUCAUUCAAAAGGUAGGACAUUCUCGUUUGUCGUUACUCCAGACUGUCUUGGCUUGGCUUAAAACUUCGACAGAAAAGAAAGCAUGUUUAAACCGACUGUCUGUCUUCCUUAUAACCCAAGUUCUUUUCCUCAAAUAUAUACUCCAAACACUAUUUUUCAAAGUACAUACGAACUAAGAAAUUUACAGAUCGAUACUCAAUUACGACUUUCCGAAUAUGAAGACAUAUUUACUAACAUUUACAACAUCAACGGUGACCUACACAAUUCGCCUACUUAUUUACUCUACUCCAUUACCUUGACUCUCAAUAAGUAACCUUAGAAGGAAUAAUGCAAUUUCUUAAUCUAUUAUUAAAAAGAAUUAGACAAAAGAUGCCAACCCAUAGCAAAAACGGUUUAAAAAAAACAGAAAAAGCAAUUGAAAAAACCAA